GGGAGGCUGCAGAGGGGCCCGGGUCAGCCCGGCUCACCGCCCGUGACCCACAGCCAGACGCGGCCGGCGUGUCCCCUGAGCUGCGGCCCAGAGUUCAGUGGCGCCUGGCCAGGAAGCACAUCCGGCCCGCGGAGCAGCCAGGUCGGGUGCAGAGCUCCCCUGCUGCCCAAAGGGAGAGGCGGCCCGUGGUCCCCCCAGCCCGUGGUCCCCCAGCCCCGUGGUCCCCCAGCCUCAUCAUCCCCCCGGCCCGUGGUCCCCCAAGCCCCAUGGUCCCACCAGCCCGUGGUCCCCCAGCCCCAUCGUCCCCCCAGCCCCGUGGUCCCCCCAGCCCCAUGGUCCCACCAGCCCGUGGUCCCCCAGCCCGUGGUCCUUGCCUGGGCCUUCUCCCCGCUGGGCCUCCACAGCAGCCCUGGACUCUCAGAACCCGUUUCCCUCGCAGUCAGCCCAGGGUGCCUCCUCCCUCACCUGCGUUCAGCAAACGUGUGCUGGUAAGUGAAGGCUCCGCUCGUCGGCGGCGCCAGGAGGGUCCGGGGUCCCGCAGGCCUCCUCCUGGCCGCCCCCGUGGGGGGGUGGCUUCCUGGCGGUGGUUGCAGGUCCCAGGACUGGGCUUUUCAGCAGCUGCCCCUGCCUGCGCGGAGACAAGGCUUCCCAGCCACCCAGGCCUCCCCCCCCACAUUCCUGGCCCCCAUCCACCUGCCCGCACAGGCUUCUGGGGUCAGGCGGCCCCACAAAACCGGCUCUUCUAG